CAUCAUCAUCAUCAGAACAGGAGAGGAGGCAGACAUGAGACAUUUAGCACAGAAAUGUACAGGAGGCACAACCCGUUUUAUGCUACACACAGAUAACACCACUACCGGAUCCAGUUUAUAGCCAACCCGUUAACCGUUGGAAUCUCCACCAAGCGAUCCGUCCAUGCGAAGCCUAGCCUUGCUUCUAGUUCCGUGUGUUGUCGCGGUAGUGGUGCACUUCUGGUUGUGGACAAACAGAGCGACCAUCCCGUUGGAGAAAGAUUCUGAUGAGGACUCGGCAGCAUCUCCCUGUGGUGAGGUGCUGGUGGGGGUGUUGUCUGCCAGACAUCACUAUGAUCUCAGACAGGCUAUAAGAGAGACGUGGUUGGGAUACCUCCGGGACCAUACACACUACCAACGCAGGGUGCAGGUGAAGUUUAUCAUUGGGAAACAUGGCUGUCCCAUUCCAGAGGAGGACAGAGAGGAUCCCUACUCAUGUUCCCUCUUGAACCUCACAGACCCAGCUCCAGGACAGGAUAAGGAGAUGGAGCUGGUGGAGGUGUCUGACCCGUCUGUCCUUGUCCCUGGGGAGGUCUCCUCUGUGGCCCUGGACUUUAAGGUCCUCCACCCCCUAGUCAUCACCAGGUUGGGGGUGUUCCCUACUGGACCUCACAUGGAGAUAGAGGGGAAUGUCACCGUCAGGCUGCUGCAGCUGGAACAACAGGAGGCAGUGGUGACGGCCUGCUUCAGCCCGCUCAGUCCUGGGACAAGUCUGAACGGUGUCUGGCACAAACCAGUGGACUGGUUCAUUCUGCCCAAGGGCUUUGAGGGGACUCUGGUCUGGGAGAGUCCUGACUUAGCUGGUCUGACUACGGUCAACACAUCCCGGGUGAAGCUGAACAACGGGGGAGGAGUCCUCAAGUUUUCCUCUAUCGAUGAGGGGACGUUGCCUCACAGGAGUGCUCUGGGCUUCCCAGGGUUGGCUGGAGGGUUCACCUUCAGAAUCCAUGACAUGGCCUCCCUGUGGGAGGUGCUGCAUGGCCGACAGGGGCGGAUCCAGAGUCACGGCACCAGACUGCAGAUGGAGGACAGGUCUCUGGAGCAGGAGGGUCUGCGAUAUGGAGACAUAGUGUUUGUGGAUGUAGUAGAUACAUACAGGAACGUGCCUUCUAAACUACUGCAGUUCUACAAGUGGUCGGUGGGAAACGCUGCGUUUGAUCUGCUCCUGAAGACUGAUGAUGAUUGUUAUAUUGACGUGGACAAGGUUUUAAUGAAGAUCGACCACAAGGGCCUGAAGAGACACAACUUCUGGUGGGGAAAUUUCCGUCAGAGCUGGGCGGUGGACCGCAUUGGGAAGUGGCAGGAGCUAGAAUACGCCAGUCCAGCCUACCCGGCCUUCGCCUGCGGCUCGGGGUACGUGGCCUCCAGGGACCUCGUCCAAUGGCUGGCCAGUAAUGCAGAGCAACUCAAGGCCUACCAGGGGGAAGAUGUGAGCAUGGGGAUCUGGAUGGCUGCUGUUGGACCACAGAAAUACCAGGAUGCAGGCUGGCUGUGUGAGAAGGACUGCUACCAGGACAUGCUGUCGUCGCCCCAACACUCCCCCGAGGAGCUCCGCUCGCUCUGGGCUAGGAAGAGGGCCUGCGGGGACCCCUGUGGAUGUCCCUGGGGACACAGCUAACGUUAGCUAACAGUCUGGGCAGGUAGUUAGCUAACAUUCUGGGCAGGUAGUUAGCUAACAGUCUGGGCAGGUAGUUAGCUAACAGUCUGGGCAGGUAGUUAGCAAACAGUCUGGGCAGGUAGUUAGCUAACCGUCUGGGCAGGUAGUUAGCAAACCGUCUGGGCAGGUAGUUAGCAAACAGUCUGGGCAGGUAGUUAGCAAACAGUCUGGGCAGGUAGUUAGCAAACAGUCUGGGCAGGUAGUUAGCAAACAGUCUGGGCAGGUAGUUAGCAAACAGUCUGGGCAGGUAGUUAGCAAACAGUCUGGGCAGGUAGUUAGCAAACAGUCUGGGCAGGUAGUUAGCUAACAGUCUGGGCAGGUAGUUAGCUAACAGUCUGGGCAGGUAGUUAGCUAACAGUCUGGGCAGGUAGUUAGCUAACAGUCUGGGCAGGUAGUUAGCUAACAGUCUGGGCAGGUAGUUAGCAAACAGUCUGGGCAGGUAGUUAGCAAACAGUCUGGGCAGGUAGUUAGCAAACCGUCUGGGCAGGUAGUAACCUGUUCACCGCAAACAAGAGCCUUGUUGAACACAACUCUAGGUAUCGUCUCAGUAGGAUUGCUGAUCUAGGAUCAGGUUCCUCCUGUCCGUGUUAACUUAUUAAUUAAAAGGCUAAGCUGAUCCUAGACCAGCACUCCGAGACGCUUGACACAUACAGCCCUAGGUCUCUACAGUGUACAACACAUUAGGAACACCUUCCUAAUAUUGAGUUGCACCUGUUCAAAAGCACUUAAAUAUUUUGUCUUGCCCAUUCACCUUCUGAAUUGCACACGUCUCAAAUAUAUCUCAAAUAUAUCAAGGCUUAAAAGUCCUUCUUUAA